AUGUCAGAAUUACAAUUAUUUAACAAAUACUCAUUUAAAGAAGUAAUAGUAGGUGAUGAAGCACUUAAAGAACAUAUUAAUGUAACUAAAGAGGAAAUAUUCCCACACUCAUCUACCAAAGCUAAUUUGGGACGUUUUGGUAACAACAACAAGUCUAUUGUUGAAAGGUUUAUUGUAAGACUUAUGAGAAAGGGUAGAAAUAACGGAAAGAAGAGAUUAGCAAUGAGACUUUAUGAAGAAUCUUGUGAGAUAGUUGCUGCUAAAACAAAGAAGAAUCCAAUUCAAAUUCUUGUAGAUGCAAUUAUUAAUAGCGGUCCAAGAGAGAUGGCAAUGAGAGUAGGUAGAGGAAGUAAUUUAAGAAGAUCUUCAGUUGAUGUAAGUUCUUAUGCUAGAGUAAACAAAGCACUUCAGUAUUUGACUGAUGGAAUUAGAAAUUCUGCCUUUAAGAAUGAAAAAAAUACCAUGCCAGAAGUUAUUGCUUAUGAAUUAAUUAAUGCAGCUUCAAACAAUGAAGCAAAUUCUUAUGGAAUUAGAAAGAAAUCUGAAAUAGAGAGAAUAGCUAAGUCUAAUAGGUAA